UUUAUUGCAGUGAAGAACUGGAAAGGCGAUAGAAGCUAGUGGGGCUCUCCUUAAUAUGGACAUCUCUCUCACACUCAAGUCACUUUUCCUAUAUUCUCAUCUCUUUUCCUAUCAUCUUUUCAUUUCCCAAAACAUUUCUGACUCUCCAACUCCUUGGAGAAGAAGCUCCAGUUCAUCAUUUCACUUUCUUACUCUAUAGACACAAUCAGCGAUGGUGAAGGAAAGUGAGUACUAUGAUGUUCUUGGUGUCAGCCCAUCUGCUUCAGAGGAGGAGAUUCGCAAAGCUUAUUAUCUUAAGGCCAGGCAAGUUCAUCCAGACAAAAAUCCAGAUGAUCCACAGGCCGCAGAGAGAUUUCAGGUUUUAGGUGAAGCUUAUCAAGUUCUGAGUGAUCCAGUGCAAAGAGACGCAUAUGAUCGAAAUGGAAAGUAUUGCAUAUCAAGGGAAACCAUGCUUGACCCCACUGCUGUAUUCGCUCUUCUGUUUGGGAGUGAACUAUUUGAGGACUACGUAGGACAUCUGUCUGUGACAUCAAUGGCUUCUUCUGAAUUAGCUAGUGAAAGUGGGAAUCCUGAUAAAGUACAUGAGAAAUUGAAGGCUGUCCAAAAAGAAAGAGAAGAAAAGCUAGCAAGAUUUCUGAAAGAUUUUCUUAACCAAUAUGCUCAAGGUGACAGAGUUGGAUUCUUAAGGCGUGCAGAAUCAGAAGCCAAGAGGCUUUCUGAUGCAGAUACAGCUUUUGGAGUGGAUAUAUUACAUACUAUUGGCUACAUAUAUUCAAGACAAGCGGCACAAGAGCUCGGGAAGAAAGCAAUUUAUCUUGGGGUGCCAUUUUUGGCAGAGUGGGUUCGCAAUAAAGGACAUUUCUGGAAGUCACAGAUUACAGCAGCAAAAGGUGCCUUUCAGUUACUACAGCUUCAAGAAGAUAUGCGCCGCCAAUUUAAAAUGGAUGGAAGCGGCCCUGGAAAUGAUGUUGAAUCACAUUUACUUUCAAACAAAGACACAUUGAUGAACUCGUUAUGGAAACUGAAUGUAGUGGACAUUGAAAUUACCGUGAUACAUGUGUGCCAAAUGGUCCUAAAAGAAAAUAAUGUUAGAAAAGAAGAGCUUAAAGCCCGUGCUCUGGCAUUGAAAAAUCUUGGGAGGAUCUUUCAGCAGGAAAGGCAAUCAAGAAAUGGUGCAACAUCAAAGGGAAAAAGUUCUGUUGAAACUGAUGACGAUGAUGAUGAUAGCAGUAGUGAAGAAGAUUCACCAAGGGCAUUAUCCUAUCGAACUCCUCUACUUACUCAGGGUAUUGGCAGACUAUUCAGAUGCCUGUGCAAUCCAGCAUUUGAUGUGGAUGAUGAAGAGAUCGUGUACAAAAGCAAAUGAUGCACAAGAAUGUAUAUGCCAAAGGCUGACUCUGAGGCUGUAACACAGUGUUUUCCUCCUUUUAAUCAUAGAUUGGGACAAGCUAUAUUUAUAUUUUAUAUUGUGUGCGUAUUUGUUUAAAGAGAGAACAAAUCACAUUGAUCGUAAUCUCUCAUAUAGAACUGACUAUCCAUUUGACUGGAACUAUAUUUGUCAAGUCGAGGUUGUUUUCUGAUAGAAUAGGAAGGGCACUUUUCAGAAAUGCAUUGAGCACUUUUUCCUA